GCGCCCGAGGGGCUGUCAUUCGCGGCGCGGGUCGCCGCCCUCAGCUGCGCAGGGCGGUUCCGGCUCCUCCUCCUGCUGCCUCAGUCCCACCAUGGUGCUGGAGUCGGUGGUCGCGGACCUGCUGAACCGCUUCCUGGGGGACUAUGUGGAGAACCUGAACAAAUCUCAGCUGAAGCUGGGGAUCUGGGGCGGUAAUGUGGCUUUAGAUAAUCUACAGAUAAAAGAAAAUGCCUUGAGCGAAUUGGAUGUUCCAUUUAAAGUCAAGGCUGGCCAAAUUGAUAAAUUAACUCUGAAGAUUCCUUGGAAAAACCUUUAUGGAGAAGCAGUUGUUGCGACCUUAGAGGGAUUAUACCUGCUUGUUGUCCCUGGAGCAAGUAUUAAAUAUGAUGCUGAAAAAGAAGAAAAAUUGUUGCAGGAUAUUAAACAGAAAGAACUAUCUCGAAUUGAAGAGGCCCUUCAAAAAGCAGCAGAAAAAGAUAAGCCAAAAGAAGCCAAAAAGGAUACAUUUUUGGAAAAGUUGGCAACCCAAGUAAUAAAAAAUGUACAAGUAAAAAUCACAGAUAUUCACAUUAAAUAUGAAGAUGAUAUCACUGAUCCAAAGCGGCCUCUUUCAUUUGGUGUCACACUGGGAGAACUUAGUCUAUUGACUGCAAACGAACAUUGGACUCCAUGCAUAUUAAAUGAAGCAGAAAAAAUUAUAUACAAGAUUAUACGACUUGAUAGUCUCAGUGCCUACUGGAAUGUGAACUGCAGAAUGUCUUACCAGGGAUCAAGGGAACAAAUUUUGGAUCAGCUGAAAAAUGAAAUUCUAACAAGUAGAAAUAUACUCCCAAAUUAUCAAUGCAUUUUCCAGCCAGUAUCAGCCUCUGCAAAACUCUACAUGAAUCCUUAUGCAGAAACAGACCUCAAAACACCCAAACUGGACUGGAAUAUAGAAGUACAAAAUAUCGCCAUUGAACUGACCAAACCUCAGUACUUAAGUAUGAUUGACCUUUUGGAGUCAGUGGAUUAUAUGAUUAGAAAUGCCCCUUAUAGGAAAUAUAAGCCUUGUUUACCACUUCACACCAAUUGUCGACAAUGGUGGAAAUAUGCAAUUGAUUCUGUUCUUGAAGUUCAUGUAAGAAGGUAUAUGCAGAUGUGGUCAUGGAGUAACAUAAAAAAGCACAGGCAGCUACUCAGGAGUUAUAAAAUUGCCUUCCAGACCAAGUUAACCCAGACCAAAGUCUCAGAAGAAGUACAGAAACAAAUACAGGACUUGGAGAAGACUCUAGAUGUGUUUAACAUAAUUUUAGCAAGGCAACAAGCGCAAGUUGAGGUGAUUCGGUCUGGGCAGAAAUUGAGGAAAAAGUCUGCUGACAAAGGCGAGAAACGUGGAGGCUGGUUUAGUGGGUUCUGGGGUAAAAAGGAAUCUAAGAAAAAAGAUGAUGAAGAAUCAUUGAUUCCUGAAACUAUUGACGACCUUAUGACUCCAGAGGAAAAAGAUAAGCUCUUCACUGCCAUUGGUUAUAGUGAGAGUACCCACAACCUGACUUUGCCCAAACAGUAUGUCGCCCAUAUAAUGACCCUGAAGUUAGUAAGCACUUCUAUUACAAUCAGAGAAGACAAAAAUAUUCCAGAAAUACUGAAAAUUCAGAUAAUUGGCCUGGGCACUCAAGUAUCUCAGCGACCAGGAGCACAAGCACUUAAGGUGGAAGCAAAAUUAGAACACUGGUAUAUAACAGGUCUGAGACAGCAAGAUAUUAUACCAUCACUUGUGGCUUCAAUUGGUGAUACUACAUCAUCCUUGCUUAAAAUAGAGUUUGAAACCAAUCCAGAGAAUAGUCCUGCUGACCAGACUCUGGUUGUUGAGUCUCAGCCUGUGGAGGUCAUCUACGAUGCUAAAACCAUCAAUGCAGUGGUUGAAUUCUUUCAAUCAAAUAAGGGAUUGGAUCUUGAGCAAAUAACAUCAGCUACAUUGAUGAAGCUGGAAGAAAUUAAAGAGAGAACAGCUACAGGACUUACACAUAUUAUUGAAACUCGCAAAGUCUUUGAUUUAAGGAUAAAUCUGAUGCCUUCUUAUCUAGUAGUUCCACAGACAGGUUUCUACCAUGGAAAGUCAAACCUUCUGAUUUUAGAUUUUGGUACAUUUCAGCUCAAUAGUAAAGAUCAAGGUUUACAGAAGACUACUAAUUCAUCUCUGGAAGAAAUAAUGGAUAAGGCAUACGACAAGUUUGAUGUUGAUAUAAAAAGUGUGCAACUACUCUUUGCAAGAGCAGAGGAAAACUGGAAAAAGUGUCGAUUUCAGCGUCCGUCAACUAUGCAUGUAUUGCAUCCUAUGGAUAUUCAUGUUGAGUUGGCCAAGGCAAUGGUGGAAAAAGACAUUAGAAUGGCCAGAUUUAAAGUAUUUGGAGGACUUCCUUUGAUGCAUGUGAGAAUUUCUGAUCAGAAGAUGAAAGAUGUGCUAUGUUUGAUUAAUAGUAUACCUUUGCCACAGAAAUCACCUGCGCAGUCUCCAGAGAGACAGGUGCCCUCAACUGUUAUAACAAGUGGGACAAAAGGUCUACUCAGUACUUCACUGUUACUAGAUGGAGUGGAAUCAGAAUCUGAUGAUGAGUAUUUUGAUGCUGAAGAUGGAGAGUCACAGACUAGUAAAAGUAUUAGAGGAUCAGAACUGAAAAAAGCUUCAGAGCCCCCAAAUGAGGAGCUCAUUGAUCUUCUACUCAAGUUUGAAAUUAAGGAGGUGAUUUUGGAAUUUACUAAACAACAGAAAGAAGAAGAUACAAUUCUGGUAUUUAAUGUUACUCAGUUAGGAACAGAGGCUACAAUGAGAACAUUUGACUUAACUGCAGUAUCUUAUUUAAAGAAAAUCAGCUUGGAUUACCAUGAAAUUCAAGGAUCCAAAAAGAAACCCCUUCACUUGAUUAGCUCUUCUGAUAAACCUGGAUUAGAUCUAUUAAAAGUGGAGUAUAUUAAGGCUGAUAAGAAUGGACCUAGUUUUCAAACUACUUUUGGAAAAACUGAACAAACAGUUAAGGUGGCCUUUUCAUCUUUAAAUCUAUUGCUACAAACACAAGCUCUUCUCUCUUCUAUUAAUUACCUGACAACCAUUAUUCCAUCAGACGAUCAAAACACAGGUGUUGCCAGGGAGGUACAGAUUCCAACUGAAAAACAGCAAAAAAAUUCAGCUCUACAAAAAGUGAUCGUAUCCUCUAAAGAUAGUGACGUUAUUGGCUUCAGCCUCUUUGCCAAGUUGAAUGCUUUCAGUGUCAUUGUUUGUGAUGAAAAGAGCAAUAUUGCUGAAAUCAAGAUUCAAGGCCUUGAUUCCUCCCUUUCUCUUCAGUCAAGAAAACAGUCACUUUUUGCCAGACUGGAAAAUUUUGUUGUCACAGAUGUUGAUCCUAAGACAGCUCAUAAAAAAGCUGUGUCAAUAAUGGGAAAUGAAGUUUUUCGUUUUAACUUGGAUUUGUAUCCAGAUGCUACUGAGGGGAAUUCGUAUACUGACAUGUCCAAAGUGGAUGGUGUGCUGUCACUGCAUGUUGGCUGUAUUCAGAUUGUCUACCUUCACAAAUUCCUUAUGUCACUUCUGAACUUUCUGAACAAUUUCCAGACAGCCAAAGAGUCUUUGAGUGCUGCCACUGCUCAGGCUGCAGAAAAGGCUGCCACAAGUGUGAAAGAUCUUGCCCAGAGGAGUUACCGUGUCUCCAUCAACAUUGAUUUGAAGGCACCAGUUAUAAUCAUCCCACAGUCUUCCAUUUCCACCAGUGCAGUAGUGGUAGAUCUUGGGUUAAUCAGGGUGCAAAAUCAGUUCAGUUUGGUGUCUGGUGAAGACGACUUAAAUCCUCCAGUAAUUGAUAAAAUGGAUGUUCAGCUCACAAAGCUUAUGCUUUCUAGGACAGUGAUCCAGCCAGGUAGCUCCCAUCCUGAUAUUCAACUGUUGCAUCCAAUUAACUUGGAGCUUUUUAUAAAUCGGAAUCUAGCUGCAUCUUGGUACCACAAGGUGCCCGUUGUAGAAAUUAAAGGUCAUCUUGAUUCAUUGAAUGUUAGUCUAAAUCAAGAAGAUAUCAAUCUUUUAUUUAGGAUACUAUCAGAAAAUCUUGGUGAGGCUACUGAAGACAUGGAUAAAGUGAAACCAGUGGUACAAGAGGCAGGUGAAAUUAAAGAGUCUCUUGAAAUCUCUGUAUCACAAGAUGUACAUGCUUCAAAUGAUACUUUAACAACUGGAGUGGAAGAAAUUAGAUCUUUAGACAUCAUUAAUAUGCUGCUGAAUUUUGAAAUUAAAGAGGUUGUGGUUACUCUGAUGAAAAAAGCUGAAAAAGGAAGGCCUGUACAUGAACUGAAUAUCUUGCAGCUUGGAAUGGAAGCUAGAGUUAAAACCUAUGACAUGACUGCUGAAGCUUAUCUGAAAAAAAUUAGUAUGCGAUGUUUUGAUUUCACUGACUCUAAAGGAGAACCUCUUCAUAUUAUUAACUCUUCUAAUGUGACUGAGGAACCUCUUCUGAAAAUGUUAUUGACCAAGGCAGACAGUGAUGGACCACAGUUUAAAACUAUUCAUGACAAUACCAAACAGAGACUGAAGGUUUCAUUUUCAUCUUUAGACUUAGUACUUCAUUUGGAAGCUUUACUUUCCUUCAUGGAUUUUUUAUCGUCUGCUCUUCCAUCUUCUGGACCAUCCUCUUCUGAAAAGGAAUCUGAGCUGAAACACCUCAUGGGGGAAUCCAGAAGUAUUGUUGGCAAAGCUGUAUCUAGCAGUGCCUCUCAGAUGGACGUGUUUGAUUUAAAGGUCACAGCUGAAUUAAAUGCGUUUAAUGUCUUUGUCUGUGAUCAGAAAUGUAACAUUGCAGAUAUUAAAAUACAUGGAUUGGAUGCCUCAAUUUCUGUGAAGCCGAAGCAGACUGAUAUGUUUGCCAGACUUAAGGAUAUCAUAGUUACAAAUGUAGAUAUGCUGUCCAUUCACAAAAAGGCUGUCUCUAUUUUGGGAGAUGAAGUUUUUAGGUUCCAACUGACUCUUUAUCCUGACGCCACGGAAGGAGAGGCCUAUGCUGAUAUGUCUAAAGUAGAUGGCAAACUUUGUUUCAAAGUGGGUUGUAUUCAGAUAGUUUAUGUUCAUAAAUUCUUCAUGUCUCUUUUGAACUUCCUCAACAAUUUCCAAACUACUAAAGAAGCUUUGAGUGCAGCCACAGUCCAGGCUGCAGAGAGAGCUGCUUCCAGCAUGAAAGACUUGGCUCAAAAAAGUUUCCGCCUGCUGAUGGAUAUCAAUUUGAAAGCACCAGUUAUUAUUAUUCCUCAGUCUUCAGUAUCACCUAAUGCUGUUAUCGCAGAUUUGGGUUUAAUCAGAGUUGAAAACAAAUUUAGCUUGGUUUCCUUGGAACGUUUUUCUCUUCCCCCAGUGGUUGAUGAAAUGAACAUUCAGCUCACCCAGUUGAAGCUGUCCAGAACUAUUUUGCAAGCUGAUUUGCCACAACAUGACAUUGAAAUUUUAAAACCAGUCAACAUGCUUUUGUCCAUACAGCGAAAUUUAUCAGCAACAUGGUAUGUGCAAAUUCCAGGGAUGGAGAUAAAAGGAAAACUAAAACCUAUGCAGGUUGCUCUCAGUGAAGAUGACUUGACAAUUUUAAUGAAAAUUUUGCUAGAAAAUCUUGGAGAAGCUUCUUCACAGUCAACCCCUACACAGUCUGUGCAGGAAGCUGUGAGAACGAGAAAAAUAGAUGCUGCAAGUGGACUUGACCACCUCGGAGAACAGGAGGAUUUGACAGACUCAAACCUUUCUGUGGACCAGAAUGUCAUGCUACAAUUUGACUUUCACUUUGAAUCUCUUUCCAUUAUUCUUUAUAAUAAUGAUUUCAACCAGGAGUCCAAACUUUCAUUACAUAAUGACAGUUUCCGGCUUGGCGAACUCAGACUACAUCUUAUGGCCUCUUCGGGGAAGAUGUUUAAGGAUGGUUCGAUGAAUGUUGGCAUUAAACUUAAGACUUGUACCCUUGAUGAUCUCAGAGAAGGCAUUGAGAGAGCAACUUCGAGAAUGAUUGACAAAAAGGAUGACCAAGAUAAGAAAAGUUCUAUGAUUGAUAUAAGUUAUAAACAAGAUAAAAAUGGAAGUCAGAUUGAUGCUGUUCUUUGCAAGCUGUAUGUAUGUGCCAGUGUGGAGUUUCUGAUGACUGUAGCAGAUUUCUUUAUCAAAGCUGUGCCUCAGAGUCCAGAAAAUACGGCAAAAGAAACACAGAUCUCAAGACAGACUGCCACAGGGAAAGUUAAGACAGAGAAAGAUGACUCUGUAAGACCAAACAUGACUUUAAAGGCCAUGAUUAUAGAUCCAGAAGUGGUGUUUGUUGCCAACCUGAAAAAGGCUGAUGCCCCUGCUCUGGCAGCCUCAUUCCAGUGUAACCUCUCUCUGUCAACUUCCAAACUGGAACAGAUGAUGGAAGCUUCUGUGAGAGAUCUGAAAGUGCUCGCUUGCCCUUUUCUUAGAGAAAAGAGAGGGACAAACAUAACCACAGUCUUGCAGCCUUGCUCUUUAUUUAUGGAAAAAUGUACAUGGGCUUCAGGAAAACAAAAUAUAAAUAUUAUGGUUAAAGAAUUUAUUGUUAAGAUUUCACCCAUAAUUCUUAAUACUGUGAUGACCAUCAUGGCUGCUAUGUCUCCAAAGACAAAAGAAGAUGAAUCCAAAGACACCUCUAAGGAAAUGGAAAAUCUUUGGGGCGUCAGAUCCAUUAAUGAUUAUAACUCUUGGUUUCUUGGUGUUGACAUGGCAACAGAAAUAACAGAAAAUUUCCAAGACAUUGAACAUCCGUUGACUGAGGAAAAUUGCGCUGUUGUUGUGGAGUCAGUUCAAGUUACCUUAGAAUGUGGCCUUGGCCAUCGGACUGUGCCCUUAUUACUGGCAGAGUCUAGGUUUUCAGGAAAUAUUAAAAAUUGGACUUCCCUAAUGGCUGCUACAGCUGAUAUGACCCUAGAGGUAUGCCCACAUCAUUUAAUACUUCCAGAAUCUAAAAGUGUUAAGAAAAACCCAGUCCAGGAUAAAAGUUUGAUGCCAGGAGAUGAUUUUAUUCCUGAGCCACAAAUGGCAAUUCAUGUUUCUUCAGGGGAUACAAUGAAUAUGACAAUAUCCAAAAGUUGUCUUAAUGUUUUCAACAAUUUAGCAAAAGGUUUUUCAGAGGGUACUGCUUCUACUUUUGACUAUUGUUUAAAAGAUAGGGCUCCUUUCACGAUAAAAAAUGCUGUGGGAAUUCCCAUUAAGGUUCGACCCACUUGUAAUCUCAGAGUAAUGGGCUGUCCAGAAAAAACUGAAAUUUUUGAUAUUGAUACUGGCCAGAAUUUGGAAUUGGAAUAUGCUACCAUCGAACCUUCACGUCAAGGGAAACUAUCCAUAUUGAGCCGUCAAGAAAGCUCCCUCUUCAGUCUGACCUUUGUACCUCAUGGAUAUACAGAAGUUGCAAAUAUCCCUGUUGCCAGACCCGGACGGCGAUUGUAUAAUGUCCGGAAUCCCAAUGCCAGUCAUUCUGACUCGGUCUUGGUACAGAUUGAUGCAACUGAAGGGAAUAAAGUAAUUACCCUUCGCUCUCCUCUGCAGAUUAAAAACCAUUUCUCCAUUGAAUUUAUCAUCUAUAAAUUUGUUAAGAAUGUUAAGCUCUUGGAGCGCAUUGGAGUAGCCAGACCUGAAGAGGAGUUCCAUGUUCCUUUAGAUUCAUAUAGAUGCCAAUUGUUUAUUCAGCCAGCCGGAAUCUUAGAGCAUCAGUACAAAGAAUCCACCACUUACAUUUCCUGGAAGGAAGAACUUCACAGAAGCAAGGAAGUCAGAUGCGUGUUGCAGUGUCCAUCAGCCGAAGUCAGCUUCCUGCCUCUCAUAGUGAAUACAGUUGCUCUGCCUGAUGAACUGAGCUACAUAGGUGCACAUGGGGAAGACUGGGAUCCAGCUUACAUCAUUCACCUUUAUCCUCCUCUCACUUUGCGGAAUCUUCUCCCAUAUUCUCUAAGAUAUUUACUUGAGGGAACAGCAGAAACGCAUGAGCUAGCAGAAGGCAGUACUGCCGAUGUGCUACACUCGAGAAUCAGCGGAGAAAUAAUGGAAUUAGUUCUGGUGAAAUACCAGGGCAAAAAUUGGAAUGGACAUUUCCGCAUAAGUGAUACACUUCCUGAAUUCUUUCUUGUGUGUUUUUCCUCUGACUCCAGAGAAGUAAUGACAGUCGACCUGUCAGUACAUGUCAGGCGAAUUGGCAGCCGGAUGGUGCUGUCUGUCUUUAGUCCCUACUGGCUAAUCAAUAAGACUUCUCGGGUUCUCCAGUAUCGUUCAGAAGAUAUUCAUGUGAAACAUCCAGCUGACUUCAGGGAUAUUAUUUUAUUCUCUUUCAAGAAGAAGAACAUUUUUAGUAAAAAUAAGGUACAAUUAAAAAUUUCAACUAGCGCCUGGUCCAAUGGUUUCUCAUUGGACACAGUGGGAAGUUAUGGGUGUGUGAAGUGUCCUGCCAGUAAUAUGGAAUACCUGGUUGGUGUUAGCAUCAAAAUGAGCAGUUUUAAUCUUUCACGAAUAGUUACUCUGACUCCCUUUUGUACUAUUGCAAACAAGUCAUCAUUAGAACUGGAAGUUGGUGAAAUUGCAUCUGAUGGCUCGAUGCCAACUAGUAAAUGGAACUAUAUUGCUUCAUCAGAGUGCCUUCCAUUUUGGCCUGAAAAUUUGUCAGGCAAACUUUGUGUGAGAGUGGUUGGCUGUGAAGGAUCUUCCAAACCAUUCUUUUAUAACCGCCAGGAUAAUGGCACUUUAUUAAGUUUAGAAGAUCUGAAUUGCGGUAUCUUGGUGGAUGUAAACACUGCCGAGCAUUCAACUGUCAUAACUUUUACUGAUUACCAUGAAGGAUCUGCCCCUGCCCUGAUAAUAAAUCAUACGCCAUGGGACGUCCUCAUCUACAAACAGAGUGGGUCACCAGAGCAAGUGGAAUUGCUGCCGAGACAAGUUCGGCUUUUUGCCUGGGCAGAUCCUACUGGUACCAGAAAACUUACAUGGAGAUAUGCAGCAAAUGUUGGAGAACACGAUCUGUUAAAGGAUGACUGUGGACAGUUUCCCUAUGAUGCAAACAUUCAAAUACACUGGGUAUCAUUUCUGGAUGGGCGUCAGAGAGUUUUGCUUUUCACAGAUGAUGUUGCCUUGGUUUCCAAAGCACUGCAGGCAGAAGAAAUGGAACAGUCCAACCAUGAAGUAACCUUGUCUCUCCACAGUCUUGGGCUUUCACUGGUUAACAAUGAAAACAAACAGGAAGUUUCAUACAUUGGGAUAACCAGUUCUGGUGUUGUUUGGGAGAUGAAACCAAAACAGAAAUGGAAGCCAUUUAGUCAGAAGCAGAUAAUCUUAUUGGAGCAGUCUUAUCAGAAAUAUCAAGGUUCAAAAGGGCAUGGCUGGAUUAAGCUAGACCACAAUUUUGAGGUCAAUUUUGACAGAGUUCCAAUGGAAAUGCGCCUUCCUAUUCAGUGCCCUAUAAAACGAGAUUUUUUAUCAGGAAUUCAGAUUGAAUUUAAGCAGUCUCCUCACCAGAGAAGUUUAAGGGCCCGGUUGUACUGGCUUCAGAUUGAUAAUCAAUUACCAGGUGCAAUGUUUCCUGUUGUAUUUCAUCCCGUUGCCCCUCCUAAAUCUAUUGCUUUGGAUUCCGAGCCCAAACCUUUUAUAGACGUGAGUGUCAUCACAAGAUUUAAUGAGUACAGUAAAGUCUUACAAUUUAAGUAUUUUAUGGUCCUCAUUCAGGAAAUGGCCUUAAAAGUUGAUCAGGGGUUUCUAGGAGCCAUUGUAGGACUGUUUACCCCAAUAACUGACCCUGAAGCUGAAAGAAGACGGACAAAGCUAAUCCAAAAAGAUAUUGAUGCUCUAAACACAGAAUUAAUGGAGACUUCAAUGACUGACAUAUCAAUUCUUAGUUUCUUUGAACAUUUCCAUAUUUCUCCUGUUAAGUUGCAUUUAAGUCUUUCUUUGGGUUCUGGAGGUGAAGACUCAGACAAAGAAAAACAGGAAAUGAUCGCAAUUCAUUCUGUCAACCUGCUGUUGAAAAGUAUAGGUGCUACUUUGACUGAUGUGGAUGACCUUAUAUUCAAGCUUGCUUAUUAUGAAAUCCGAUAUCAAUUUUACAAGCGAGAUCAGCUAAUGUGGAGCGUUGUUAGGCAUUACAGUGAACAGUUCUUGAAACAGAUGUAUGUCCUUGUAUUGGGGUUAGAUGUGCUUGGAAACCCAUUUGGAUUAAUUAGAGGUCUGUCUGAAGGAGUUGAAGCUUUAUUUUAUGAACCCUUCCAGGGUGCUGUUCAAGGCCCUGAAGAAUUUGCUGAGGGGUUAGUGAUUGGAGUACGAAGUCUUUUUGGACACACAGUAGGUAUGUAUCAUAUGUUUGUGUAUUUGUAUAUAUUUCUAUUGUAUAAAACAGUUGAGUAUUUGACUCAGGUUUUUGAUGAGUUCAAACUUGCUCUUGCUAAAAUAUCUUUACGUAUUCAUUGUCCUUGGUUUUCUGAAGGUGCCAAAAAGGAGGGAGCAGCUGGAUUCUUUAAAGGGAUUGGAAAAGGACUUGUGGGAGCUGUGGCUCGUCCAACUGGUGGAAUCAUUGAUAUGGCCAGCAGUACCUUCCAAGGCAUUCAGAGGGUAGCAGAAUCAACUGAAGAGGUGUCUAGCCUGCGACCCCCUCGCCUGAUCCGUGAAGAUGGCAUCAUUCGUCCAUAUGACAGACAAGAGUCUGAGGGCUCUGACUUGUUUGAGAAUCAUAUCAAAAAGUUGGAAGGAGAGACUUACCGAUACCACUGUGCUGUUCCUGGAGGCAAGAAGACAAUCCUUAUGGUUACUAACAGACGAGUGUUGUAUAUAAAGGAAGUGGAAAUCCUAGGCCAUAUGUCUGUAGACUGGCAGUGUCCAUUUGAAGAUUUUGUAUAUCCUCCUAGCAUUGAUGAAAAUUUGCUAAAAAUUUCAACUAAGGAACAGGGUCUUUUCCACAAGAAAGACAGUGCCAAUCAAGGCUGCCUUCGGAAGAUUUACCUAAAGGAUCCUGCCACAGCAGAGAUUGCACGUAAUGCCAUUGAGGACGCACAGUUCACAAGACACCAGCAAAAGCUGAGGAAUCAGUCUUCACUGAGACUUCUCAGGCCCCAGAUACCAUCUUAAUACAGAUCUCAGGGGAGAAAACCAACCCACCCAUCUUGUCUGUGAAUCACUCUGCCUUACCAUGUGUAUUACCAUGUGUAUGUUAGCGAUCCCCUUCUACACUGCCACCUGAAUGGGUCAGGACAUUGAAGGAACAUCACUUUCAACUCAGAGUGAAAUUUUCAUUAGUAUUAAAAUGCAAACAAAAGGCAAUAGGCUUAUUUUGAAUUAAAGUACUUACUGAAAAAUAAGAAAGGCGCUUACAAUGACUAGUGUUGUUCAAAAAGUUUUACCUGUAGACAGAUGUUGGACACUUUGACAUUUUGUUUAAGGGCAAUUUGUUCAAUAAUUGAACUGAGAGAACAUUUUUUGGUAAAAGAGGUAAUUGACUAAAGAAAAGCCAAUAGGGAAGAAAUGGUGUUUUUGCUACUUUUUCUAAUGGAAACAUUGUUUUUCUCCUAAGACAAAUGUUUUACUUUGGUGCCUAGUUUUCCUCCUUGCAUUAUAAUAAAAGAAACAUG